AUGCUGGGCUUGAUCAUCCUGCCGGCCUUGCCGCGCCCCCUGGCCAGCGUUCAGGGAGGAGCUCCCGCCUGGACGGUUCGCAGCGCGGACGAGCGGCGGCAGCUGCGGGGGCCGGUCGCCCUGCGCUCGCCUCCAGUGGUGGCCUCUUUCCACGCUUCGAGCGGCGCGGCCAGUCCAGUCGCCAACGGGGCUGACUUUAUGACGGCGCAGGGUGGUUGCCGCAGCUGGUCGGUGCGCGGCGCCGACGAGCGGCGCCAGCUCCGGCGGGGCAACGCUGCGCCGGACCGCGCCGCCAUCACCCGCACCACCGCGCUGGCGGAGGCAGGGCCAGUCGAGGCCGGGCCAGUCGAGGCUGGGCCGGCGGCGGACGGGGCCGACUUUAUGACCGUGCAGGGGGGGUGCAGCAGCUGGUCGGUGCGCGGCGCCGACGAGCGGCGCCAGCUCCGGGGGGGCAACGUUGCGCCGGACCGCGCCGCCAUCACCCGCGCCGCCGCCGCGCCGGCCAACAAGGCUGGGCCAGCCAACUCGGCCCAAGCGUCCGUAGCGGCGGUCCAGCCCCUCAGCCGCAAGCGCAUGCCGGGCGCGCCUCGCGAUGCGGCGCUCGCGUGGUGGGCGGAGGACCCGGAGCACGCGUCGGUGCAGGGCGGCUGCGGCAACUGGUCGGUGCAGGGUGGCUGCCGCAACUGGUGCCCCAAGUGCAAGUCGAUGAAGACGAGCUACGUCGAGGUGCAAACCCGCUCGGCAGACGAGCCGACCACCAAGAAGUGCCUGUGCACAGACUGCACGCGGGUUCUCAUCUUCCUCGGUCCAUUGCUGCGCGGCUUUCCGCACGAUCGGACACAGCGGGUCUCGCUUUAG